AUGGCCAACGGUUUAGAUCGCCUCGAGAGGCUCUUUGCCUACAAGCGAAAAGCCUCUCCUGUACCGAGUGGAAGAGCAAGCCCUGUUUCUCAAACCGGAGAACAGCAGUUCCCUUCGCCAUCAUUUAUUCGCCCCAGAGCCAGCCGAAUGACGGCACGCGAGGAGGUACGUUUGCGACAAGCUACAGGACGAUCACCGUCAGUACCAGAUAUCAUGGCCUCUCACCGAGCUGCUCAUCGCCAGGCGUACAACUCGGCAACAAACGACUGCAGCCACCCUCCGAAGCAAAGAAUGUGCCGGUCCCCUUCGUUUAGUCAACGCAAUGCUGAACAGUUGGUCACUGGUCUCCGCGAGUUUCAGUUCCCCAAAGCGCCAGGCGGCAGCGACAAGACAUCGUCAGAAUCACUCACAUUUGACGCUUCCAAACCUGGCGAGGUGCUCCAGAUGCCGAGUCCUCGAUGUCGUUCCCCUCUCGAGAUCUCUAUUCCGCCUCCCAACAGACUGGACACGCCUCCCACUUCAGAUAAUGGAUCACGGUUACCGAGUCCGACUGGUAAAGGCCCUCAGAUUCCACUCCCACCAACUCCGGGUCAGUCUCCAAACUUAGGACCUAUUGCCGAUGUCAAGUUGCGCAGUGUCAAGUCAGCAGACGUGCUCGGCAAGUCGCUAUUCAGGGAUGUCGAGGCUCAGCUGGGUGAACCGUUUGAUCACUUCCCGCUCAACAGGUCGUACAGCCAAUCCAGCCUCGCACCAUCCUCUCGAUCAUUCUGCAGUUCUACUUUGAGGGAGCCAGACUUCAACGAGUUCCUCAAUCUCAGCGACGACGACAUUGCUGAAUCUACCCCAGAAAGCCCAGCCCUUGAUCCUCUCGACAACGAUAACGACCAUGCAGCACCACCACCCCUGAAUCUAUCAGCACCAUCAUCAUGUCGGCCACCAGCUUCCGCGCUUUUAACCUUGACGCCUCCUCGCGCUAGCCGGCCCGCCGCGGCCGCCGCAUUUGAGGCUGCCAGAAUUGCGAGGCGCUACGAUUUUGAUUUGGUGUACGUCGUCAAUCUCUGGCCAGAUACGUCAGCCGCGCCGAUCCCUGGCCACAACCUCAACGGCCCUCAAAAGCCAAUGAUUGGUCGUCUUCUCGCGGCACAUGGCCUUCACCACGUUUCGUCCCCACUGCAAAUCUGCGAGUUGAUUCACACUCAAGUCCUCAGGUCUGAUGGCUGGAUUGAGUACCGAAAUCAAGACGCUCAGCCACACGGAAUUGCUCGUGGGUUUACGUGUGCCUUUUACACGGGCCAGUACGCACGAAGCACCUCAUCUCGCUCUGCUAGUCCAGUUUCAGGUGUCCGCCUGUCUGAGAGAAUUGACCGGGGUAUUGUGUUCGCCGCUUAUCGCAAACCACGAGAAGGUGAAGAAAAGCUCGGCCGAACCUUCAGUGACGAAGAGCUCGGGGACUUGCACCGCGAAGCUGAGGUUCUAGUAGAGAUGGUCAUUGACAUUCACGUUGCCAACAGAAGUCGCCAGCCACCAACCCGAACCUCAUUUACUGAUGAAACUGGGCCUAUGCCUCUCCAGCAAGUCGAAGUGGUCUAA